AUGGGCGCAGUCGUCUCUUGUAUUAAGGCUGUUUUCCAAGCCAUCGGCUCGUGCCUAAUGGCCAUUGUUAAUGGCAUUGGUGCUGUCCUCCGCGCAAUCAUCGACGGCAUCGUCACGGUCUUCGAUGUGAUUAUCUCCUGCCUAACUUGCCAAACCUGUGGUGGAGGAAGACGGAGACGGAGAAGGGCGGUAGUUUGA